AUGCCGCUGAAUUUUAGCAUGGUUUCCGAUUUCUUUUACCCAAACAUGGGCGGAGUGGAAAGUCACAUCUAUCAACUAGCGCAGUGCCUUAUACAGAGAGGACAUAAGGUGAAUUCUAAUAUUGUUUAACCAGAUUUUGCGACUGCUUAGCUAAACUACAAAGUACAGGGGUUCUCAGAAUUCUUAAUUUAAAGACGUUUUUUGCUUUGCUAGUGGCCAAAUAAAACGAGCCUUGUAGGUUAGUUGCGCUGAAUUCUUGAGAAGCGCGAAACUCAGCUCCUGGCUUUUUUCUUGUCCUGUUGAUCAGAUAGGUUACCUUUAAUCCUUAUUAAUUAUCCAUCUAUCCUAAGGGGUUGCUUUAAAGUGGCAGGGUAUUACGCAGUUAAGUCCUUAAUGUAUCGGUCAAAUCGAAGCUUCAACAUGCCCCCCGGGCAAACCCCCGGGCAUUUGACUUUUUUGAAAAUUAUUGUUCAAAUUCCCCCCUACCCGGGCGAAAAUCCCGUUCAAAUGCCCCACACUGGGGUCCAUUCAGGUGAUCAAAUGCCCCCUCCCCGGGGACAUUUCACAGGCACAAAAAUGACAGAAGGACGGCAGAAAUGCCUUCAGUUGUCGAACAAAAUCUUUAUAGAUAUAACAAAAACCGAGAAACACUGUUAGCCUAUUUACUACAAACAAAAGUCUCAUGCAAAGCAGCGGAAAUCGCUGCUACAAGGUAUUAAACUGAAUGCUCAGCUUUUUUUUGUGAUGCAACAUACAAAGCAUUCUAUAAAAAAGAUCCCACCUAUUGAGAUUACUACAUCAUGACCAUUUCACUGACAUGCAUCAUCACUCACCUUAUUAAUUAACAUACUUGCAGUAGGUCAAAGUAGUUGACCUGAGCUUUUUAUUUUAUUUUAUGUUGUUGUAUUGAAUCGCCGGUAUAGGUAUUGUAUUUCGUUGUAAACACAACAAUAAAAUACAUUCAUACAUUCAAAGUCUGAAUCCAAUAUUAAAAAUUUCAAAAUUUAAAUACUUCAAAUACGGCACAAAGCUUGUUUAAGCACUUUCCUCGUAACCAACUGGCAACAAAGGCACAAUCUUUUCCAUGAAAAUCCUCUAACACCGCGUCCUCCAUGAUAGCUCGCCACGCCAAAGAUUUUACAUGAAAUCGAGGGUGCAGUUCAAAUCCCCCACCCCUAAAGCAUGGGGAUCAAAUUCCCCACCCCCUGGAAGACUCUGAUAAUCAAAUUCCCUCCUCCCCGGGACGGCAAAGGAGUCAAAUGCCCGGGGUAUGCCCGGGGGGGGCAUGUUGAAGCUUCGAUUUGACCGAUACAUAAAUCAGAUAAACUUUACUAGGACAGUAAAACACCCUGGCUAAUGUUUUGGUUCCCAGAUUGUUGUGGUCACACAUUCUUAUGACAAGAGAAGUGGAGUUCGUUAUUUAACCAACUAUCUCAAGGUACAUUUAUGAAUAAGUAUAUUUAAAAAAAGAUACAAUCUUUCCUAUGUGUAGUCUCCCUCGCAGCCAUUUUUUGGAAGUCACGCAACGUUCCCCCAAAAGAACCGUUCUUCUGGGGAGCAUUGUGUGACAUCCAAAAAUCAGCUGUGAGGGAGACUAUCCUAUGUGUGACUUUAAUUAGGAUCGUAAGGCGGGGAUGACAACAGAGAGAGAAGGGUGUGGUGGAGGGGGGACAAACUACAAAACCCUAUCUGGGGAAGAAUGAAUAUUUUCUUGAUCUGCAACCUCAAUGGUAAAGACUUACUGAGAUGCUGACACGCCUUGUUUAAAAAUCUAAGAUAGUGUUUAGGGGUUUCUUUUCAGGCCAGAUGCUAGCCUACAAAGCAGACGUAUUUUGGAGCGCGAUCCAUGAUUUGUCUUUGGGAAUGAUGUUGUCCCGCCAUCUUGGACAUUAAUACUACCAGAGAGUUGGGAUGAGUCAAAAACUGAUUUUAAGGGAGAGUUUGACGGUCCCCCCCUUCCUCCCUCAGUCUUUUCCUUUGCUUUUCAUCACUCAUAACUCCUGCAACUGCAUUUACCAAUAUUGCCAAAUUAAACAAAAGUCAUUCUGGUGAGCAUUCAUAACAACUUGCAUUUUAGAGCAUCCAAUUUUCAAAAUUUCCAGUCGCCUCUAGAAGUUUGGCCUCCUGUACUCAAAUUUUCACACAUGUGGCACCAAUGGUAAAAGCCAGCCAGCUGAAUCCCUGCAUCUCGUAAUUCUACAUUGUAAAUGCUACCAAAACCCUGUGUAUUUUAUGCUUCAGUAGCAUUUACAAGGUUAGAAUUGUUUCUUUGAGACGUUCCAGUUUUCUACAGCGGCAACAACUCCCUGCCCUUUUCAUUUAGGAAGGUAUAUUCACUGGCCAGGCCUGUGCUACUUGUGGAAUAUGGAGUGAAAAUUAAGCCCAGUCUGCACUCCCUCUGGGGGCCUGUUUACAGACUGAGUAUUCAUAACAACUUUAUUUGUUGUAUUUAAGGUUUAUUAUCUUCCCUUUGGUACCUUUCAUAACCAAUGUGCAUUACCGACUCUUUAUACAACACUGCCAUUAAUGAGAUGUAUAUUUCUUCGCGAAAAGAUUACAAUAGUACAUGGACACUCAGUAAGUCUUCAAAUGAUCAUUAUUAUUUUUUUGUUGAUGUUGUUUUGUUAAUAAUGAGAGCCCCUUGUGACAUACAUUGUAUCAUUGAUAAACUGCAAGAUUCUCCAUUGCUUUGUCUGCAUUUGUAAAUCAAAGGGAGAAUUUCACCUUUGAUUUGAUCAAGAAUCACUAAGGGCCUUAUUCAUCUGUUACUUAGUAUAUGUAUCCUAAUAGGGAUAAACAUGAGCAUUGCUCAUUUUUUGUGGGAAAAGAACAGAACCUGUACAUAAUUAAUGAAACUGAUCCGGUAUAUGUCAUCAUUUAUUAUUGACUGAUCAGAUAGUUCAAAAACAAAAUUAAUAUAAAUAACCUACAAUUGUAGUAUAGAAAAAUUAUUCCUCUUAUAGCCUGUAACCAUGGUUAGGUUGCAAUCCGUUUCCUCUGUUUUGUUAGUUGUGAGGCUAUUUAAAGCUAUCAUGAUCAUAAAGUGCAGGCCAGAACUAAGUGAAUAAAAAAUAUAAGCACAAUGCACAAUGUAUGCAUUUGGAAAUAUGUGUACAUGUGUCAGGCAGGAUGCAUAGAUGAGUCUGAGCUGAUGCACAUGCGUGUCUCAGGUGUAAUGUGUCAGUUACAUGUAAAAGCCAAACAUUGAUGCAUAAUAUAAAACUAAUGUACUUGCUUUGCAUCGGCAUUGUUUGCUUGCCAGUAAUAAUUCUUUCCUGCACAGUAAAGAGCCUUUAAACAAUAGAAUUAACUCAUUAAAGCAUGUUGGUUUACUUUGAUGAAUUGGUUCAUCAGUUCAUCAAAGUAAACCAACAGUUAAUUAAUGAUCAUUAAUUUUAAGUCUCGUACAUUCAGUGUUAAAGCUUCUCUUUGACUGAUGGCACUUUGGAAUUUUGCCCUCAAAACCAGUCAUUGACCAGUAGAACCUACAUGAAAAGGUAUACAGUAAUAUGGAUUUUUGGGAUGAAAGGAUUUUACCCCUGUUUGCAUUUUGGUUUUUUGGGUAAAAAUCCUUUUUGCAAGUAACUUACAUGUACAUGUAUCUGCCAUUCAUUGUUUUGACUUCUUUUCAAGGCUUUUUCUACUUUAUGUCAUGAUGCACUUCUUCAUGCUCGCACUAUGGGACUCCAUACUCUGUUCACAGACCAUUCUCUCUUUGGCUUUGCUGAUGCAAGUUCCAUCAUUACCAACAAAUUUUUACAGUUUUCACUGGCAGACAUUGAUCAUGUGAUAUGCGUCUCACAUACAAGGUUUGUAAUUCAUGGAAUUUCGCUGUGCAUUUGAGAGGAAGAGGCUGUACCUCUGGCAGGGUGUACAUGUACCCUUCAAUUGGGUGUGGUUUUAGACUUUGCAUUCUGACAGUAAAGUUUGCCAGGACUUGAAAAAAGUCCUGUCUGUCCUGUCUGGGUAUCCAAGUAGAUUUUCUUGUUGGCAAUUAACUUUUAAUCCUCAUUUGCUCAAACAGCAGACCAUCCAGGUUCAGGCAAGUUACAUGUAACUUCUAGCUAAAUCAUAAACUGUGACAAGAGUAGAAAGUAAAAUUUGUAUGCUUGUUGUCCUAAGAACAAACUUAAAUUCAAAGUUUCUUCAAGCUCAAAUUUUACUCUUUUGAAAUGCAAUGAAAGGGUUAUCACCUUCCAUGACGAAAGCUGCUAGACACUAAAAUCUAACAAUCUAUCACUAAAUGCUCAGAAUGGCAGUUUUCUCAAUCUUUUUGUGGUGAAUUAUUUGCUUUACCAGCUUGCUAAAAUACAAUGUUUGGACACGGCAAAUGGGUGUCGUGUAAAUAAAAUAAUGUAUUGUUUUUUCUGUAAUUUGGUUGCCUUUGUUUAGUAAAGAGAACACAGUGCUUCGUGCUUCUAUGAAUCCUCGUAUGGUGUCAGUAAUUCCUAAUGCUGUUGAUGCUGAUGUAUUUACUCCUGAUACUUCAAAGAAAACCAAAGGAAAAAGUGAGUUUUAUUGAUUGUUAAUGCCUGCAACGCAAGCGUAAUAUCCAAUUACUUAGGCAUGAUGCAUUGUGUCCUAUUAGUACAUGUACACUGUCUGGACGCUGUCUGAAAUCAAGAAUUUUUUUAAUAAUACCACAGUUUAAAUUACAUGGAUAAUAAUAUGCAUUUACAUUUGCAAUAAUUUUGAUUACUGCCUAACUGCAUAUUCAAAACUUCAUCAAAAAGACACAUCAACCAGCUUUAUCUUAUGUAACUGACAAGUUACUCUAGUUUCAAGACUUCAAUAAUUAAAUACUUUAUUGAGAGAGCUAUAAAUUAAAAUCUCCCGACCAUAAUAUGGCAGGGUACAUUAAAUCAUAAUUUAGUAUGAGGAGCCCAAUUUUUCAAGCUCUUUAGCUUCUAUUGGGCUUCCUUGCCACUUGAUCUAUUACAUAGUUAAGUCUGUUAAUGUUACAUUUAAUUUUGAACUAUGUUUGUAGCUUUUCCUGUCCUGUAAAUUUGCAUCUUAGGAAUAUUUUUAUUUCCUUUUUCUUUCUGUAAUAUUUAUUCUAUGUGGCAAAUGUAAAAUAAAUAAAUAAAAUGAAUUAUAGGGGUCAGUCAGCCAAAUCUAAUAUACUUUUAUUUGUAAUAACAUCUAUUACAAUUUAAACAAGUGUAAAAUAACUACACAUUUACAGUGCCAUAGUCAAAGGUUAACAUUAAAACUGCUUUAAUUUGUUUUAGUUACCAUUGUUGUUGUCAGUCGACUGGUUUACAGAAAGGGUAUGGAUCUGUUAGCAGGGAUAUUGCCUGUUAUGUGUUCCAACCACUCAGAUGUGCAGUUUAUCAUCGGUGAGUUUCCAAGAAGUCAUUUUGGAGUGACAAACGGUGUCUAGAUGGUGAUGGAUCAGUGUGAUGAGCAGAUUGUUGGGACAGGGCAAAAGAUAAUUAUGUGAGCAGGAAAAACAGUGAAGGGGCAGGUCAAAGUUUCUUUCCUGCUCUUCCUCCUUAUUAUUAUUAUUUUUUGCCAUUCCAUCUGAAUUUGCACCACACUCCACUAUCUGAAUGCCUGUAACAGGCUGCUAAGUGAGCAGAUACUGCAGUUUUCCUCAAAAAUUAACAUUCCAAAUUCAAGCAGGAAUGGCAGACCAGUAUGUAAAAGUACUACCUGAAAAUCAUUGUAUAUUUAUUUAUUUAUUUCAAUACCUCAUCUGUGGUAUUUGAGUUCUCAUGGGACAACAGACAUGAUGUUCUGUUUGGUUCUAUUGUUUCUUACCUGUUACAUAAAAAUUUACUGUAUGAUUUUCAGUAAUUAUAAUUUCUUUGUUAUUGUUUAGGUGGUGAUGGCCCAAAACGCACUCUCCUUGAAGAUGUUUGUGAGCAAUGUAAACUUCAAGACAGAGUUGAGUUUUUAGGCAAGUUGGAACAUGAAAAAGUUAGAGAUGUGAGUGUACCUUACGGUAAUCAUGUUGAAAUUUUACACUGCCAUAAUAUUGAUUGCAAAACAUCACUCGCAAAUAGGUAAUAGUAUUGUCACCAUCUGCGAACAAUUCCUAUACUACAAAUUAGAUACGGGAGACCCAGUCCAAGGCAUUGAGAAAGGGGAACUUCUAGCAGGGCUGCAAAUAUCAGUCUUUCAUCGGACAUUGGCCGACCAAAAUUUGCUAGUGUCUAACGAAAUCCCACCUGAGUGUUCGGAUAUUAUGUGUGGAGAAUUGAAAACAUGUUGUCGCUCAAAUAAUUAAUUCUGUAAAUGACUUUGAGGCUGUUGUUUUUAUCUUGUAUAUCCACAGACCUUGUAAGUAUUGUCUUUAUUUUUGGUUCUAUCCUUUUGGCACCUUUAAAUACCUUUCUCGUGUAUUUGUUUAUGUAUCUGUUUAGUUUUCACUGAACGAACCAUCAUGUUGUGUCGUGAUAGCGGGUUACAUUAUUGACAAACUACGUCGUGUAUACUAAUAUCUAUUGGUUGCAGUUUGCUACCAUUCUGUUUUAACCCAAUCGAAAUGUCUGUGCUUUAAUUGUCCUCUACCAGUCUAGAUUAUCUUUAACAGAAAUUCUGACAGCAAUAUAAUAAUGUUUUUCUAGGUUCUUGUCCAAGGUGACAUCUUUCUUAACACUUCACUCACAGAAGCGUUCUGUAUUGCCAUUGUUGAAGCAGCUAGUUGCGGGUCAGUAACAGUGUCUGUCAAUUUUCAAGUACUGUACUCAGUGCCAUUGUGCUUGAUAAGUUUGUUGUUAAAUAGUUGGAAUGCCUGUUUACUCUCCUACAGCUGUACUUUCGAUUUGAUGUGGUGGCUGGGAUGUCUGUUUACUCGCUCAUCUUUCAUUUGAUAGGGCAAGUGGGAUGCCUUUUUUCUAACUUUUCGUCUUUGUCCCUGGAAUUUUAUGCAGUCUUCAGGUUGUCAGCACCAGAGUGGGUGGGGUCCCUGAGGUUUUACCUAGCGACAUGAUCAAAAUGGCGGAACCAAGUGUUAAAUGUAAGUUAGGGCGAUAGUUAUAGAAGUAUUAUUUCAGCUGUUAAAUCCCUAUACAUAAAAUACGCUAGUGUACAAUACUCUUAAAUGUCAGAUUCUGUUUAAGGACUUGCUACUCGGAGCGAAUGGUUUCAUGAUUAUAGCGUCCGCUUCCCGUAUUUAUGACAUACCGAGCCAUCAUCACGCAUUUCGCCUUUUUUUCGCGGAUUGUUUAGACUCUCAACAUUGGUAAUUUUCUUAGUCAAACUGUCUCUUGUUUUUCUUCAAACAAGGUAAUCUUCAGAAAUCAUUUCGGACAGACACAUGAAAAGCCUUGUGCUCACCAUUAUUCUAUCAAACGACAAUGCGUUAAAUCAAACUCUUUCCAAAGUUCAAAUAAUAAUGCGUCUCUAUAAUAAAACGUCCAUAGUAUUUAGAAUUACCUGUAUCUUCUGGCGUGGAGAUUGACCCUUCAACGCCUGUAUCUAAAUAUUAGAUAUUUAUUAUUUAUAGAUCCCUGUUUUGUUUAGCCAUGAAUGGAAAAAGCGAUCUCCCAGUCCUAAAAACUUAUCAUGCAAUGCUACGCACAUUGACGGGUGAGGAUUUUUCACUUUUUAUGUAUUAAAUAUUUCAGCUCUUUUGGUGGCGUUGGAAAGCGCUGUUCAAGACGCGCGUGACAACAGAGUGGUUCCAGCCGAUGAGGCGCAUGAACGGAUAAGAACCAUGUAUACGUGGCAGAACGUGGCCAGGCGUACGGAAGUAGUAAGUGACACAUUGCACGCGUUGUAAACUUAAAAGUUUCAAUUUUAUUUCAGGAAAAUUUACAAACCUUCUCUAUCCGCAAACAACAGGGCUAAUCUUGGCAGGUAGAGCAAAACAGAUAGCUUACUCACUCAUUCUCUUCAUUCCGAGUGGCACAUAAGGCCUCUACUAGUUUUUCCUGUCGAAGUUUCAGUAACAUAUUAUGUGGUUUACCCCAGGCCUGAAAGACAAGGGUACUGUUUAGCGUGGUCCCUCUCUCACAGACCAAUCCAACAUGGUUGAACCUGCCACAAGCAAAAGCAUCCCCUGGCAAACACGUAGCUCUAGGGGAUGUAAGGGCACGCAUUCCUCCAAUCCACGUCAAGGCACUGCACCAGGGGAGGGUGGUGCUGUGGCUUGUGGUUUAGUGUGUUUAUCUACUUGCAGACCAAUCUGGGUUCAUAAUAAUAAAAUUAUGAGAAAUUUCAGCCCGGUUUCCGAGAUGAGAAGAGGUCAAAGAUCCUGGGGACGAUUUCUUGCGCCAAGUUCGAGAAACAAAGCAAACAUGGCGAAACACAAAAAUUACAACUUUCCCGCCUAUCAGUAUGACAAUGCAUCCGACUCUCUUUUAACGGACAGGGUGCUUACCAUUUACACAAACCACCCAGGUGGAAAUCUUGCGCAUAAACAUAAAACUAUAAAAGGGGACGUGGUAGAAGAACGACCCGAUACAAAAUACUUCCAAAUCAUCUGAACAGAGUAAAUAGAGUAGGAAAAGCUGCAUCGCCUCAAAUCACAGCCCAUAUUUUCUGAAGCUUUCCAAAAGGAAUGGCGCGAACCAUUUGAUUUUCCAACUAGAAUUUCCGGUUUUUCCAUGUAAAUAGUAAGUACCCCUAGAGUCAGUGCCUGUUUUUGUUUACUUCAUUUUUUUCACUCACUAUAAGAGGGACAUUACUCUUAGAAAGACACUUAGUGCCAGUCACAGCAGAGGUGUCCGCCUUAGUACGACCGAGAAAAUUGACUGUACUCUGCCUGAUUGACGUGUAAUCACCCAACUUCUCACUCACUUUCACUAAAACACGCCAUCCUCUCCCUUUCCUUUUUUAGCUAGAGCCCCGUGCAAACGACGAACGCAACAUUGUUGGCCAACAGCUCCCAGUAUUAUUGGAUGUUACAUGUUGCGUGGGUUUGCAAACCCUGUUGCAGGUUGUUGCUUGUUGAGAGUUGUUGCGCAAAGUUUGAAACCGGUCAAGCUUUUGAGCCACCAACUCCCAAAAUUUUUUUUCCGUGAUCUUCGAAGAGUAGCGCAACAAUCAAGGUCCCAACGUUGUUGGGAGUUGCUGCAUCCGUUUGCACGUAGCUUAAUUGUGUUAACUGUAAUUAACGAUCACGAACAGGUUUUGUUUGUUCUUUUAUUUUCAGGUUUACGAUGUAGUUAGCAAUGUUCCUCCUGUUUCAUUUGAUCUGAGAUUGAAAAGGUAACAAUUCUUUGCCUCCACAAACAUUUAUAUCCCUUAACCCCUUCUCAAAACAGACCUUCUUCACAACACCCGCCUUCCUUGCAUGCACUUCGGGACUGAUGAGAUAAAAGCUAUGUCACGUGAUUUCUCGGGGGGGAAAGAGUUAAAAUCUGCUGAUAAAAGAAGUCGCGGUCGAGCAUUUUCAAUUUUGACAGCAGAAAUGAAGAAAUUUUUAUCUUAAAGAUGACAAUUAUAGCAAAUUAUGGGUCGAAGUGAUCACUGUUACUCCUUUGGAUGCAGUAGCAACCGCAUAUCUCCUCAAAGCAGACAAUAAUGACGUAGAACUUGUCGAAACUCGAACUGUACAUUUUGCAAGACUAAAAUCGUCGUCUCGUUUUGACAGACUAAACAAACCGCGAUUACUCGUAUUACAAAACUUUAUAACUUGUUUGUCCCCUGAAGUUUACCACGUGACAUUGCUUUUAUCCCAUCACUUAUACUACAGCGCUACAAAGAUGGCGGGUAUCGUCGCGGUGAAUAAGGUCUAUUACCUUGUUUGCAUUUUACCUUGAUUUAUCAUUGGUUGAUAAUCAACGAAUCAGAGACGAACGUUUCUUUUCAACCAAUCAGUUGCUUAACAGUUGCUUGAUCCCAAUUGUCUCUUCCUUUGCUUGAGCUGCCCAUUUUUUAUACUUGAAUAAGAGACAAUUCUUUCUGUUUAUUGAGUUUUAAAUUGUCUGAAUUACUUUUUACAACGCAGUUAUCCUCGGCGUUUUUUUGUUGCAACCUAUCUGUUACACAAAAAAUUGCCUAGUAUAAUACCCUGUAGAAUAAACAUGUCAGUGUUGCGAUAAGUGUUGGAAACGAGUGUUGCAUAAAGGAGAAUCAAGUUCUACUUCGUGCAACGAGUUUGGCAAUGCUGCAACUCUGCAACAUUGCAAGGAACAUUUUAAGGGAAGUUGUCUUCUGCAACUUGUCUCACAGCGGCACGAGAAAAAUGUGCCUAAACAGGCUCUAUCACAUUAACCGCUUUUCGCUUUCCUGGGCUUUUUGUACUUGUAACUUGUUUUCUGCUCUUUUCUGUUUGGUUGUAUACUACAACCAGUUCCAAAAGUACUUGAGACACUGUACCGUAUUUUGGCUUAAAUGGCCUUGUCCAUGAUCUUGUGUUUGUAAUCCCCCCUCCACUCCUUAUCAAAGUUGCGAGCAAUACAAGACCAUGCUCAAAACUUGGAGGAACAACUUUGAAUGGAGGGCAGGAGGGAGGUCAGCAUUACGGUAUCUCACAGACCUGUGACUAGCACCGAUUUGAAGCGAGAAAGGUCUUUUUUUCGUCAGACUGUCUCGAUAUUUUGCAACUGGUUGAAGCUUCUUGUUGAGAAAAGUAUAAUAAAAUCUUGACGCCACGGGCGUAGAACAAGGAUCCCCAACGAAAAGAAACGCCCGAACACCAUGCGGGUACCAUAUUUACUAAGCAGCUGAGACCCGCUUGGCGUCCUGUAAACUGCGACGAUAAACAAUGUGGAUAGUUUAUUCUGUGUCGAUAAAUAAUAAAACCCUUGAGAAACAUUAAGUUUGAUAUUGAAUGAGAAAUAUAAAAUAAAAGUCAUGUCGUGAGGGUGGGACAAGAAGGUUUACAAGUAAGACUCUACCAUUAAAUUUUUAUUUGAACUUUCAGAUUAUAUCAUUGUGGCCGUGUUGCUGGGAAAAUAUUUUGUGUUUUAGCUGUUAUUGACCUCUUUUUACUAUGGUUUCUCGACUGGCUUUUUCCUAGAAAGGUGCGUCUACUUUUCCUUGCUCAAAGAUAAUCCGCCACUUAUUUACAGGUAUAAUUAAACUAAUGACUGAGUUUUGAAAGAUUCCUUGCUUAAAAGAUCUUUUCUUGCUGCUUCGCCCAUCCAGGCCCCAGUUUUUCGAAAGGCACAAAACGUUGUCCAGUGGAUAAAUCUCGAUCCAGUGUACAAAUCAAUUGGUUACCCUAAUACUUAUCCACUGGACAGUGAUUUAUCCGGUGGAUAGUGUUACCCACCUUUUAAACAACUGGGGCCAGAACAACUAGUCAUAUGAAAUCUGCGUCAUGGGAAACGUACUUCUCAAUGAUGUGAUACAGGAAUCUCAGGCUCUUGAAACUAGACCUAGCUUGAGGACCAACUAUUGCUGUCGGAUUUUCGGAGUUAAUUGUACGUUUCAAUCUACAAUUUUCUGUUAAUAACUACUUAGUAACAAGACUUCUUAUAGGUAUGGAUUUAGAGCUAUUUAGCUUUUAGUUUACCUCCUCUUUGUAUCCACCAAAGGUGCAUGGUUUUUUUCUCAAUUGGCUUCAAACGUUACAUCAAGAGCCAUUUUUCCAGCCUACGUGUGACGCGAGUAAAAUACCUUGAAAUUAGUGCCUAGCAUAAUGUUUCUCGCUUUUCCAAUUUCAUCUGUCGCUUCUGAUUGAUGCAGGUUUGAUCCCACCUCUUCCUCCUCACCCGCUUCGUUCGCACUUUGUUCGCAAACAAAGGCCAGCGCGAAACGCGAGGGCUAGGUAACCUGGCCCAAAGGUCCACUGGAAGGAGAAAGAGACUUGAUACCAUUUACAUGAACAAACCGGUCGGUUAAGGUGGCUCGACUGGAUUUUUUGGGGUUGAUACCUCCCAAGUUUGAGCAUUAACUACGUCGGCAUGAGUAAAGAUAUGGAAAAAAGGGUCCUUUUUGAUGCAAAUUCUAUCUUUUUGCUAAAUGUGCACGUGUAUAUGAAACUUAAAAACAAUGCUAGUGAAUAAUGAGGACGCUCGCUUGUAAACACAAAAUCUGGGGGGAAAAUUGGCUAUAUUUGAGGCCCUAUUUAAAAGUCUUCCCUGUUUUCAAUGUUCUUAAAACUUGCAGGAAAUAUUUCUUGACGAUUGAUCUCGGGAUUGUCGAAUUUAUAACAAAAUUUAUCGAGCAGUUUUUGGAAAAAUGCAAAAUUUUUAGGCAUGGACCAAAUUACCUCCAAAAACUGUAUCAAAAGCAUCUGAAUGUAAGUUAAUAAAAUCCUUCUUACUCGCGAUCGCCCAGAGCAAUUCCCCUCUUUUUUUGUAUGCAGUUUUCAAUGGAAUCAAACCACUAUGGGAUGAAGCCGCGUUCCCAAAGCUUAUCAUUUUCUUAAAAUAUUAGCGAAUGUUGCGGUUAGCAUGCUAUUCCACUGUUAUUAUGAUUCUUAAAACUGCAUUUCAGAAUAUUUCGAAAACGCUCUCAUGGAAUUUCUUCAAAAUUUGCCAUAAUGGAGGUAAUUAUGGCAGGUACAUACUCCCUUAAGCGAUUUCCUCAAAAAAACUCCUGGUACAGAGAAACACAACGAUAAAUGAAAAACGUAAUGGCAACGUUACGUUGCCAUGGCGACUCCGAUUGCAAUAAAAGCCAGAUCGUAAGAAAUUUUCAUCAUUAUAUAAUACAGUUGUGGUAACCUUUUUUCCAUAUCUUCACUCAUGCCGAUGAGUUAAUGCUCAAACUUGGGAGGUAUCCCCCUCAAAAAAUCCAGUCAAGCCACCUUAAGGUGACUCGACCCAGUUAUUUUGUGAGGGCCCCAUCCUACUUUGAAGCUCUCUGGUAUCCCCACCUUUAUCUUGAUCGUAAGUCUAACAUAUAGCAUGGAUAACAUAUAGAUCAAUCUACAAUAUAGCAUAAAAUGUUUGGCGAUCGGAGUGAAUGUCACGUGAGUCGAAAUUUUGCUGUUGCCGGCAUUUUUUCGUGAAAAUCUCUCGGCUACAUAUUGUGCGCAUUAGUGCCUUUCGUUGAACAGAGUUUCACCAAAAUUUCACCCAAUGUGAGAAAUUCAGCGGUUUGAAAAUUUAGGUCAUAAUUAUGUGAAAAUGAUAAGCAAACUUUACACGAUUAUAUCUAAUAAACUAUGAGAUUUGUCCCUACAUUUUGGGGAUCUUAGCAGAUGGGUCCUUGCAAGCCAGAAAAAAGGCUUAAGGGCCUUGUAAAUGCGCGCGAUUUCGAGCAAUGCAAACAUACAGAAAUUAAAGAUUUAGCUCUUUGUUGACGUUUGUCAGCGUUUAAGAGUCCUUCUCACGAAAAAAGCAUUUUGUUGAAAAUUCGUAGUUUUUUUCCUUCAAAUUUUUUCAGGGCCACUAUUGAUUAACUAACUACCCGGAUUCUGAAUUUCAUGGUCAUUGAAAAACUGUGACAUUAUCUUCUAUAAGCCCAAACUUGAGUAAACAUUGAAGAUUUUUAGCGUUUUGGCUGAGUUUGUGCUUUGGGAGUUGUCUAUUGUUUCUAGUCUGUUAUUAUACAGCAUUCUUGUUCAGCACGCGUGCAAUGACCGCGCUUGGCUGACUUCCGAAUGCUCACCUGCUUCUUCCUGAAACAANAAUGUUUGGCGAUCGGAGUAAAUGUCACGUGGUUAUAGUGCCACGCCUCUUUGGGGUCUGAGUCGAAAUUUUGCUGUUGCCGGCAUUUUUUGGUGAAAAUCUCUUGGCUACAUAUUGUGCGCAUUAGUGCCUUUCGUUGAACAGAGUUUCACCAAAAUUUCACCCAAUGCGAGAAAUUCAGCGGUUUGAAAAUUUAGGUCAUAAUUUAUGUGAAAAUGAUAAGCAAACUUUACACGAUUAUAUUUAAUAAACUAUGAGAUUUGUCCCUCCAUUUUGGGGAUCUUAACAGAUGGGUCCUUGCAAGCCAGAAAAAAGGCUUAAGGGCCUUGUAAAUGCGCGCGAUUUCGAGCAAUGCAAACAUAUAGAAAUUAUAGAUUUAGCUAUUUGUUGACGUUUGUCAGCGUUUAAGAGUCCUUCUCACGAAAAAAGCAUUUUGUUGAAAAUUCGUAGUUUUUUUCCUUCAAAUUUUUUUCAGGGCCACAAUUGAUUAACUAACUACCCGGAUUCUGAAUUUCAUGGUCAUUGAAAAACUGUGACAUUAUCUUCUAUAAGCCCAAACUUGAGUAAACAUUGAAGAUUUUUAGCGUUUUGACUGAGUUUGUGCUUUGGGAGUUGUCUAUUGUUUCUAGUCUGUCAUUAUACAGCAUUCUUGUUCAGCACGCGUGUAAUGACCGCGCUUGGCUGACUUCCGAAUGCUCACCUGCUUCUUCCUGAAAUAUUUUUAUAUGACGCUGGGUUCAGUUUGAACGAACUUUUUUUUAAUGCCUUAUUACGCUUGCCUUUUCAGAAUAUUGACAUUGCUCGUUCUUACCACGAUCACCACCACGGAUGGAAAUCGGAAGACGAUAGAACACCGAGCGGUUCCGCAAGAGACACGUCUUCCUCAUUUAGAGAACAACGGCUAAAUAAUUACUGUUUGGGAAGAUAA